AGUGGGGUAACUUGGAAGAAAGUAAGAAUUUUGUGAUGAGGGCAUCUAGUACUCUUCACGGGAGUAAAUUGUGUGUGCGCGUGUGUGGUUGUGUGCGCGCGCGUGUGUCCAUGCCCGCGUACUUUUUUCCUGUGCGCCAGCCUGUGUGUGCAUGUGCGUGCGCAAGUGGCUCGCGAGCCGCAAGUUGGUCACUAUGAUCCACCAGCGCAACAGAGCCGGGGGAGUAGAAUUCCAUAUUUGAGCAGUGGAUUUAAGGAACCUCGACAAUAAUAUUUGAAUUUGGACAUACGAACCUUAGCAGAGCACCGAAUACACGCAUUUUACGUCAAUCAAAGCCGAAACGCAGGACAACCAUCCGCAUCAGGUUAUCAUCUCGACAGGCGAGAGACAUUAUUUUGCUGGAAAACGAUUGCAUUUUGCCUUAAAUAACACGCUAUUAAGUACGGCGCCUUGUCUCUUGGCAACGGGAGAGAACAGCAGCGGCUCGUAAUGACUACCCUGAAACGACUGAAAUUUGGAGGGGAGACAAAGGAAAGCGUAACGUUGCUGCCAUGUUUUUAUUUUGUUGAGCUACCUAUUCUAGCCUUAUCGGUCAUCAGUCUCUAUUUCCUGGAGGUUACAGAUAUUUUCCAGCCAGUGCAUUCUGGGUACAGCUGUAAUGACAAAAGUCUUUCUCUACCCUACAUCAUACCCCAAAAAGAAGUUUGUCCUCUGCCUUUACUCUACAGCUUGGCAUUUGCCAUUCCCACUGCUACGAUCCUUAUAGGAGAGGCUAUUCUAUUCUGCUAUCUAUCGAGGAAGUCCUCCACCAUGCAGACGGAGGCAAACAUCAGUGCCGCAGGGUGUAAUUUCAACUCCUACAUUCGCAGAAUUGUUCGCUUCAUUGGUGUCCAUAUCUUCGGCCUAUGUGUGACAGCUGUGAUAACUCACAUUUUUCAGCUCUCCACUGGACAGCACACACCUUACUGGCUGGAUGUGUGCAAACCCAAUUUAACUCACAUUAAUAUAUCAACUUGUGAUGAAGCUUUUAUCCUGGAUGAUAUUUGCUCGGGACAAGACAUUCUAAUCAUUGCUGGGAGGAAGUCUUUCCCCUCCCAACAUGCCUCUUUGGCUGGCUUUGCAGCUGUCUAUGUCUCCAUGUAUUUGAAUGCAGUGCUGACAGAUUCCACAAAGCUGCUGAAGCCUCUCUUGGUGUUUUCUUUCAUCAUGUUGGCCAUCCUAGCCGGAUUGACAAGGGUCAUACAGUUCCGAAACCACCCUGCUGAUGUCUACUGUGGAUGGAUCCUUGGGCUAGCUGUUGCUACCUACCUGGGAAUUUUUGCUGCGGGAACUUUCCGGCCCAGUGAAGAUAAAUUGAAAAAGCAACCGCUUCUCUUCACAUUAAGGAAGCAUCUCCCUUCUUCUUUCCAUAGCGUCUGCCAAUCAGAUGCCACCAACAACCACCAAGCGGGCCACCACAUGUUGACAGCCAGCCAACCAGAGCCAGUCAACAUCAGGACCCCUUACCACACCUUGUCCCCUAAGCAAAGUGAACAAAUUCUCAAACGAAGCUCUUCCUACCGGGAGCCUUCUCAAUCCAAUGUGAAGCUUGCCAGUGGUAAUUUGGAGAUGCUCGUUCCGCCUAGUCCAAUGACUAAUUGUGACAAAACCUUCAACAGCAGCACUCUGCCAAGGUCUCAUGGUGGCUCAUCAUUGGAGGGAUGUCGCAUUCCUAGGCGUCAAGCCUCCGUCCAUACCUCAAUGGAUUCCGCUCGAUCCAAGCAACUCCUCAGCCAGUGGAAGAAUAAAAAUGACAAGAGGAAGCUGUCUCUGCAGGUUAUGGAUGGCAUCAAACCAACUUCCUUAUCUCCUCAAAAGGAUGUGCAGCGACACUACCCCACUGAAUCAUCUGGCGCAGGUUUGGAUACAGAGGUCCAGAGUGGAGCCCACUUUUCUUCAGCGACUGGCCAAGAAGCUGGAGCCCACAUCCCAGCCUCAUAUAUAAAAAUAGCUGCAAGCUGUGUUUCCAUAGCCAAUAAAAAUCCCCUGACCCAGAAUGGAGGAAGUGGCUUUGCUGGUGGAUCAAGAAUGGUUGUUCAAUCACGUCCUGGAUCUUCUCAACUAGUUCACAUUCCUGAAGAGGAAAAUUCUACCAGCAAGGAUCAGGAGAGUGAAUCGGAAGACAGCACUUUUGAUGUGGUUGGAUCUGCUAAACAGAAAUGGAUGAGAGUUGCAGAGAAGCCCACUAUCCCCUGCAGACCCCUCAGUGCAGGUGGUCAGCCUCGACUCAUGCAGGUAAUCUCUUUUUCAAAACAGCAAGGUUUGCGCAACUCUCGAUCAGAGGACGGUGGUAGCACUGUCAGCUGCACUGGAUCCAUUCGGUAUAGAACCCUGAUGGACCAGGACCCAUCACCACCAGCCUCCACUACUGGUGCAAUUGAAGGCCAAGGUUUAGAACGAACCGGCAGUAUAGUCCGUGUUGAAGCCCAUCCAAAGUCAAAUGAGCCUGUGAUGAAACCUCUGACCAAUGAUGGAAGUGGCUCUUGGCGUUGGAAUCCAUCAGAAAUGUGUCAAUCACUACAACAGCCAGCUUUUAACAUCAGUGAUUUGCACAGAAAUACAGAAAACUAUGAUUCCAUGCAGGAUGCUGGGUCAUUGGAUGGGCGACAGAGUGUAACAGGGACCAGAUUGGAAAGCAAAGUUGUUCAAGAAGGUGUACACACCAAUCACCCACACAUAGUAUAUCAGUCACAUUCUGCUUUUCAGGAUACCAACAUAAGCAAUCUUCACACUCCCAGUGCCGUAUUUGCUCCUCCUUUCCAUCAUCACCCUCAAUCUAUCACCACCAUCAGAGUCACCCCUGUGGACGGGACCGUUGCAAGUAGUGAGUGCAGCUCAGACAGCCAAUCAGCUGCAUCUUCCAGCCGGGAGUCCACCUUGAGGAGAAAAAGUGGCACGCAUAUUCACUUUAGCCAAGAUUCAAGCCUUAUGACGGAUCACAUCAUCUGUGAUAAAAGCAACCUCUUCCAAAACGAAUGCGGCAAUCUUUUUCAAGGAAAUUUGGAAGGUUUUCAAGAUAACCCCAUUCAUACUAACAGGCAUCUGGAAGGAAUGUUUGGCCAUCCAGGCCCACGCCCGCCACCUACUUUACCCCGUCCCCUUAUGAUUCACUCCCCACCUCCAAAUCUAGGGUUGGCCUUUAAGGAAGCUUAAUGUGAAGUACAUCGGUGUAUAUUUUGGCCAUUUGACAACCUGACUGGGCUGUACCCUUCAGCCAUUUUACCUAUCAUUUAUCUAUUUAUAAAUUAGCGUUUUAAAAAUCCUUUUACUUCCCUUGUGAUAUGAGCAUUUUACUUUCAACAUCAUGUCUCGGUCGACUGGACAUAUGGAAAAAGCAAACACAAAAUUUGGACUGCUUAAACUGCUGAACAUUUAAAAUUUCACUGCUAUUACUAUUUCUGUAUUAUUAUAUUCUCACCAACUGAUUUGAUUCACCUCUACGACUCUUCCUCGUGGGUCACUGAUGAAUCAGAAGAAACAGAAGACAAUAAUCUCAUCCUCCAAACUAUUGCUUCAUUAUUGUACAAAUUGUGUAGACCGAUGUAGAAUAAGUGGGUAAAAGAUUCGAAUAAAGUAGUAGUAAUUUUUUUAACAAACAUUCUAAAUACAACAUACUACAUAUGUAUAUCCUGUUUUAUCAAGUCAUAUUCUUUUAUAUUGUAACAAUCUCAAGAGACUGUGGAACUGUAAAAUAGAAUUCCAUCAACUGUCAAUUGAAUUUACUCCCUAACAACCAGUUUUUAUUUUAUGAAUUUACAUUCUGCUGUGUUUGCAAUUUUCAACUCAAAAAAACA